AAUGUAACUUCAAUAAACCAGUUCAACUAUAUACACCCCGUCAUAUAAAUUUCAAUAAACCAGUUCAACUAUAUACACCCCGUCAUAUAAAUUUAGAUGAGAGUAGUUGACCUGCUGAUGGGACCCAUCGGACUGGAAACUAUCUCAGAAGUCAUAUAGGAAACUCAUCAGAAUGUGAGCUCGACAAACAAAUCUAAGAUUAUUAAUGGGCUUUAAAAUUGCAUAUGAAUUGGUCCAAGGUAAUAUAUAAAUGACCAGAAGACGUGUUUGAGUGGAGCAAAUUCAAACCAAGUGGGUCGCAGAAGAAAGUAUAGAUAGAUCUAUUGGGAAGGGGUAAUUGAUCUCCUAGUGCAGCAAGGCAUCUGUUUUUGUUUUUUGGAGAAAUGGUGUUAUGAAUUGAAGGAAGAUUUGAGAGAUGAGAUCGAGAGUCGAGGGGAUGGCGAAAGGAGCAAGGAGUGGGAAAGCAGGGAGGUCGACAUGGACGUGCACGGUGGUGCUGACAUUGUUGCUGAUAGUAUCAGUUAUGCUCUUAAUGCUCUUAGCUCUGGGAAUUGUUUCGCUGCCAAUAAAUGCUACUCCCCCCGAGGGCCUAACCACUGGUCUCACUUUAUCCAAUCGUUUGAUCGAGAAGAAAGUUGUACAAACACAUGAGAGUGAUGGAAUUGAUGGGCCAAGACAAUGGGCCGAGGUUCUUUCGUGGGAGCCCAGGGCCUCUUUGUACCAUAAUUUUCUGACUAAGGAGGAAUGUGAGUAUUUAAUCAGUCUUGCAAAGCCACACAUGGUGAAGUCAACUGUGGUGGAUAGUGCAACUGGAAAAAGCAAAGAUAGCAGAGUUCGUACAAGCUCAGGAACAUUUUUAAGACGGGGACAAGAUAAAAUUAUAAGAGGCAUUGAGAAAAGAAUUGCUGAUUUUACCUUCAUACCAACAGAACAUGGAGAAGGCCUCCAAAUUCUUCAUUACGAGGUUGGGCAGAAAUAUGAACCACAUUAUGACUAUUUCCUUGAUUCUUUUAACACUAAGAAUGGUGGACAGCGGAUAGCUACCGUGCUUAUGUACCUUUCGGACGUCGAGAAAGGUGGUGAGACUGUGUUUCCCGCAUCAACAGUAAAUAGCAGUUCUGUUCCUUGGUGGGAUGAGUUAUCUGAAUGUGCAAAAGCUGGUGUCUCUGUGAGACCAAGAAUGGGAGAUGCAUUGCUUUUUUGGAGUAUGAAGCCUGAUGCUUCUUUGGACCCUUCUAGUUUGCAUGCCGGUUGUCCUGUGAUUCAGGGAGAUAAAUGGUCUGCAACAAAAUGGAUGCAUGUUGGGGAGUAUGAGGGUUGAUAUGGUAUUAAAGGUGUGAGAAUCUAUGUUUGUUGCAAGAAUCCUUCCCGCUAAUACAUGUUAACAAAUGUUCCGAAAUGAUGUGCUCCCGAAUGGAUUCAUAUCACGAGCACAAAUAUUGUUGUCUGUAUACAGACUUGUUUGGGCUUAGUCCAUCAAUGCAGAGAUCCUCAACUUUUGAGGGUGAGAAAUUGUAGGAACUUUAAAAUAUGAAGGCAAACUAUCUCUUCUGAGUAUUUCCAUUUGCUGGAUUUUACACUCAUGUUUAACAUGGAAUUGUAUUCAAUUCCCUAGAUGAGAGGAAUUUGGCUGCAUAUGUCUUGUGCUGAAUUCAAUUCUGGAUAUUAGUUACUUUUUAUUAUUAUUAUUUAAUUUGUAAGAAAUAGGUGCCAAAAUAGAGAAGAGCUAUAGAGCAUGAAAGCACAAUAUAUGUUAUAAUAAAAGAAAGUCAGUUACAAGACAUUCUAUUA